AUGGGAGUGAAGAACGAGGACCAGAUCAGCCAGGCUCCUCUCCUCUCCUCCGCACCCCCAGCAGCGCCAGGACCAGAUCAGCCAGGCUCCUCUCCUCUCCUCCGCACCCCCAGCAGCGCCAGGACCAGAUCAGCCAGGCUCCUCUCCUCUCCUCCGCACCCCCAGCAGCGCCAGGACCAGAUCAGCCAGGCUCCUCUCCUCUCCUCCGCACCCCCAGCAGCGCCAGGACCAGAUCAGCCAGGCUCCUCUCCUCUCCUCCGCACCCCCAGCAGCGCCAGGACCAGAUCAGCCAGGCUCCUUUCCUCUCCUCCGCACCCCCAGCAGCGCCAGGACCAGAUCAGCCAGGCUCCUCUCCUCUCCUCCGCACCCCCAGCAGCGCCAGGACCAGAUCAGCCAGGCUCCUCUCCUCUCCUCCGCACCCCCAGCAGCAUCAGGAGUGAGAAGGAAUCCGAAGGUGGGGGGAGGUGGAGAAAGGAGGAGGGGCAGGAGGAGGAGGCGGAGGAGGAGGAGGAGGAGGAGGAGGAGGAGGAGGAGGAGGAGGAGGAGGAGGAGGAGGAGGAGGAGAAGAAGGAGGGGGAGAAUGAGAAGGUUCUUCACACUGCAUCACGCUGCACCACGCUGCUCCACACGUGGCUCCCGCAUGCUCCAUGA